UUCUUGCCAACUUUCGCUAUUUUAUUACCCACAAUAUUUCGGUGGGAAAAAUACACACUCCCCUCCCCUCCCCUCAUCAGCUCCACUCUCUUGGCCUUGGGCAUAUUCCCCCACAUUUCAUUUUCUCUCCUUUGAUUCUUCUUCUUCACCAUUGAAUUGAUAGUAUCUCUCUGAAUCAACACUUAAAACAUAAGAAUGGAGGGCACUGUUUUCACUCCAUGUUUGGAAGGAAUGAAGAAUGUGAAAUCUGAGGAAGGGCAAAUGCUGACCAAGCCAUUCUUGGAUACUUGCAAGCUUAUACUUCCUGUGAUAGAGAAGUUUGGAGCUGCCAUGACACUCGUUAAAUCUGAUAUUGGGGGCAAUAUAUCAAGGUUAGAUGCCAAAUAUUCCUCCAAUCCUUCACAGUUCGCUGACUUGUACAGCUUGGUAAAAGUAGAGGUUGAGGCCAAAACCGCAAAAUCUUCAUCAAGCUGCACAAACGGCCUCCUCUGGUUGACAAGGGCCAUGGACUUCUUGGUUGAAUUGUUCCGCAAUUUAAUUGACCACCCUGAUUGGACGAUGUCACAAGCAUGCACUGAUUCCUACACAAAGACACUAAAAAAAUGGCAUGGUUGGCUUGCCAGUUCAAGUUUCACGAUGGCUAUGAAGCUUGCUCCGGAUAGGAAGAAAUUCAUGGACGUGAUAGGAGGAACAGGCGAUAUCAACGCAGACAUUCAGAGAUUCUGCACUGAGUUUUCCCCAUUUCUGGUGGAGAACCACAAGUUUCUGGCUAGUGUUGGAUUGGAUGACUUGAAAGCUUCCUGAUAAGGAAAAAUAUCUUGAUAACCAGAUUUUGGGUCUCUUUUCCCAUGGUUUCCUUCAUCUUGCAAUCUUGAUUUACUUCUGUAACCUUGUUGUUUCCAGAUUUGUUUUUUUAUGAACAUUGUUGGAUGGAUAGUAUCAUUGUCAUGUACAAUGUUGAUGAAAGUCAGUUUAAUACUUUACUAUAGAUUUGUUAUCAGCA